CCUUUUACCGGGUUUUUUUCUAUGAUAUCUACUACUAUACCCGAUCAUGGCUCAUCUUCAAGCUCAGCUCUGCACCUCAGCAACAUGACAAGAAAGUGAAAGCAGUGCAGAAACAGGUUCGUGAAUGGUGCAAAGGAGAUCAAAAUGUUCACAUGUGCACUGCAAGACCUGGCUGGCAGACGAUCAGCUUUCGGGAGGGAGCGUACAAGAGAACGUUCCAUAAAGUUGCCAUUAAUAUGGUUGACAUACUAGAGAUUGAUACUGACAAAAAGACCGUGCGAUGUGAGCCGCUGGUAACCAUGGGACAGUUGACCCACACCCUUGUUGAACUUGGAUGGACCAUUCCUGUUGUGCCAGAGAUGGAUGACCUGACUGUUGGUGGCUUGGUAAUGGGCACAGGGAUCGAAAGCUCAUCGCACAAAAUUGGACUUUUCCAGCAUAUGUGCGUGUCAUUUGAACUAGUUGUUGCUGACGGAUCAGUUGUAACAUGCUCAAAGACUGAAAAUCCUGAUUUAUUUUACUCUGUCCCUUGGUCAUAUGGGACACUGGGCUUCCUUACAUCUGUGGAAAUUAAUAUUGUCCCAGCUAAAAGAUUUGUGCGUGUCGAGUACAAGCCAUGUCAUUCCCUGGAUAAUCUAGUCCAGACCUUUACAGAAGAAACAAACAAGACAGAUGGUAAUCAGUUUGUUGAAGGUCUUAUGUACUCUCUAAACUCAGGGGUUGUCAUGACCUGUAACAUGACAACUUCUGCUGAACCAGGAAAGUUAAACCCUAUUGGGAAAUGGUACAAGCCUUGGUUCUUCAAGCAUGUACAGACCUUCUUAGAAAAGGAUUUGCAAGCCGUAGAGUAUAUCCCCCUUAGGGAUUAUUACCAUCGACAUACAAGAUCAAUCUUUUGGGAAAUACAGGAUAUCAUCCCCUUUGGCAAUAACGUGGUCUUCCGUUACCUGCUGGGAUGGCUGGUGCCCCCAAAGGUGUCGCUGCUCAAGCUGACCCAGGGACAGACUGUCAAGGAGCUGUAUGAGAAGAAUCAUUUCAUCCAGGACAUGCUGGUUCCUCUUUUCACCAUGAAAGAGGCACUGGAAGUGUUUGAGAAAGAAGUCAAAAUUUAUCCCAUUUGGCUGUGUCCUUUCAAACUGCCACCCAACCCAGGCAUGCUGCAUCCACCAAAUGAUGCUGAAACUCUCUUUGUCGACAUUGGCACUUACGGAGUGCCUAAAGUGAACAAUUUUGAACCUGUUGCCACAACUCGUCGCAUUGAAGAAUUUGUUAGGAAGGUUAAAGGAUUCCAAAUGAUGUAUGCGGACUCUUACAUGACUCGUGAGGAAUAUCGGCAGAUGUUCGACCACACCUUGUACGACCAGGUGCGCAAGAGCUUAAACUGUGAGAAAGCUUUUCCAGAGGUAUAUGAUAAAGUCAGCAGAAAAGCUCGCAUUUAAAGUGUUCACAGGCUGUGGUAAAUGUUCAGUGCACUUUGAAGUUUCAACAAAGAAAGUGUUUCAUAAUGGGAAGACAAGUAAAUAAAUAAAUAAACAAGUGUUCUAAGGCCAAAAUUACAAGUACUGCCUUUUCAUGAAAUGUCACACAAGGAUAAUGCACAACAAAUAAUCAGGUAUUUCAUAUAUUUGACUACAGAUUUAAAGAAAAAAAGUGUAUUUGUGGUUGAUAUAAAAUGUUUAUAAAUAUUAGUGAUGUCUGAAAGGGUAGAUCGAGAUGCUAUAUACCUUUUGGGCUAAUUUUCAGGAAGAUGUUAUGCACUUCCUACUUUACAUUGAAAUAAGAGUCAAAGGUUGUAUUGUAAUUUCUCAGGAAUCGAACAACAGAUAACACUGUAUUUUCUACAAGAAAGAUCAUCACAGUAAAGAAUUUCGAACAUGAAAAUACUCUGGACACCAUUUUAUUAUAUUAUCCAGUAAUUUAUUAUCUAUUUUCUAUCUUUAGGUUAAGAAAAAUAUGAAAAUCUUUGUUUGCAUAAAAUAAACUGAUCAAUAUGUACAAACUUAAUGUCCAUAUUUCUUGUUUAUGUUCAGACUGCAAAGUUUAAUGUGUAUCUCAUUACCAUUAUGACUCCCCUAGAUAUACAGUAUUUGUCUUAUAUAUCAGGUGAUCCAUUAAAAAUCCUUUAAAAUCCAAACAACAAUAA